GGCUGAAGGCCGGAAGUACCGUGGGGGCGGGACUUGGGGUGCCGGAAGUGAUCAUUCCUCGGUUCUUCCAGUCGGUGCUGUGGCGGAGGAGAUGCUCCCGGCGGCUGAGAGGCGUCAGCCCGAGGACGGUUAGCAAGAGGGGCGCAGUGUGCACCCGGGGCCGGGCCGGGCGGGUGGCCCGCAUUCGGACCAUGAGCUACCCCAAGCACUGGGGGGAAUGGAUCCUGAACUUUCGGGUGCCGCCCGCCGGGGUGUUCGGCGUGGCCUUCCUGGCCCGGGUCGCCCUGGUCUUCUACGGUGUCUUCCAGGACCGGACUCUGCUGGUGAGGUACACCGACAUAGACUACCACGUGUUCACGGACGCCGCGCGCUUCGUCACGGAAGGGCGCUCCCCGUACCUGCGGGCGACCUACCGCUACACCCCGCUCCUGAGCUGGCUCCUCACCCCCAACGUCUACCUCAGCGAACUCUUCGGCAAGUUUCUCUUCAUCAGCUGCGAUCUCCUCACCGCCUUCCUCCUGUACCGCCUGCUGCUGCUCAAGGGGCUGGGGCGCCGCCAAGCCUGUGGCUACUGCGUCUUCUGGCUGCUCAACCCCUUGCCCAUGGCGGUGUCCAGCCGGGGCAACGCGGACUCCAUCGUCGCCUCCCUGGUUCUCUCGACCCUGUACUUCAUAGAGAAACGGCUCAUCGCGUGCGCCGCGGUGUUCUAUGGCUUCGCGGUGCACAUGAAGAUGUACCCGGUGACCUACAUCCUCCCCAUAGCGCUCCAUUUGCGUCCCGAGCGCGACGAUGACGAGCGUCUCCAGCCAGCCCGGUUCUCUUUCCAGGCUCGUUUGUACGACUUCCUGAGGAGGCUGUGUAGCUGGGCUGUGCUGCUUUUCGUAGCAGUUGCAGGGCUCACGUUUGUUGCCCUGAGCUUCGGUUUUUACUAUAAGUACGGUUGGGAGUUUUUGGAGCACACCUACUUUUAUCACCUAACUAGGAGGGAUAUCCGCCAUAAUUUCUCUCCGUACUUCUAUAUGCUGUAUUUGACUGCCGAGAGCAAGUGGAGUUUUACUCUGGGGAUUGCGGCGUUCCUGCCACAGUUCAUCUUGCUGUCAGCCGCAUCUUUUGCCUAUUACAGAGACCUUGUCUUCUGCUGUUUCCUUCAUACGUCCAUUUUUGUGACUUUUAACAAAGUCUGCACAUCUCAGUACUUUCUUUGGUACCUCUGCCUUCUGCCUCUGGUGAUGCCACUGGUGAGGAUGCCUUGGAAAAGAGCCGUAGGCCUCUUACUGUUCUGGUUCAUAGGACAGGCCUUAUGGCUGGCUCCUGCAUAUGUUCUAGAGUUUCAAGGAAAGAACACCUUCCUGUUUAUUUGGUUAGCCAGUUUGUUCUUCCUUCUGAUCAACUGUUCCAUACUGAUUCAGAUUAUUUCCCAUUACAAGGAGGACCGCCUAACGGAGAGAAUCAAAUGCGACUAAUGUGUUCAGGAUCUUCUGCAACAUUCUGAUCUUUCCGUAUGGACUGGAAUUUUUCUCCUCCCUGAACAUUCUAAGCACUCUAGUGAAAGUUCCUUUGUUCCAACAGAAAUUAAAACCAGUGUUGGCCUUAUAUAUAAAGGGGGCCCAAGAACUGAGGUCCAUCCUUUAGAAGUCUUAGGGCUCAUUUGCUUGAUGAGAAGAAAAUCAUUCCUGUUUCACAGUUGAGAAGCCGGUGAAGCUAGAAGAUGCUGAAAUAUUUUUGAACAGUAGAGGAAUAAGGUCUCUAGCGGUGUUUGUUCCUGUCACACGGUGCUACUGUUGUACCUUAAGCCCCUGCCUUUUUUUUUUUUUUUCCUGCAGUUCUGACAGCGAUGGAAAUUGACAAAAUUCCUAAAGUACAACAUUUUUACAUAUUAAGUAUUAACAGUUCCAUGCUCGGUUGGGAAAGUCUGAAAUUUUUGUAUUAAGUGUGGGGGCUUAGAAAAGAACUAAUCCAAAGAAUUUAAAUUGUGAUCAUGUAUUUGUUUUGUAAUUGAGUUUUUCAGUAUUAGUACCAGUGGUAUUCAUUUUAUAUAAAAAGAUUAAAUUUAAACUCAUCCAAUUUAGACCUGAGUUUAAGAAAACGAAAUGGAGCAUUAUUAACAUGUAUAUGCUUAUCCUUUUUCUAACUGCUAGAAAGACUUUUCCUCUAGAGUUUAAGCUGAGAGCUGUCUAUUGUUAAAGUGGUAAAAUUUAGAUGCUAAAGCUUAAGUUUUGAGUAUAACUUCACUUGCUCUCUUCUGGUUUUAUCAUCUAAAUUGUUACAAAGGAGAACAUUGUUUAUAAGGCAUAAAUCCUACACUCUGAAAAUCCCAGGCUAGAAAGGAAGACUGCUUGCUGUCAUUGUUUGCACAAUCAAGAGGUGGUAAGGGAUUUGAGGAAUUACAGAAAUGAGGCUGUGAGGGGCAGGUCUUUCUACUUAUCACUUGAAGUAAACACAGUGAAACUGUAUGAGUAAACUUUCUCAACUGUAUGAAUAAACAUUCUAAAAUAUUUUUAGAAAACAUAGAGCCUGUCUGUGUUGAGGGUUUUCUAACAUUCAAAGAUGCAGUAGCAAUAGAUGAGUAUAAUUUUUUUUAAAAGAAUAAAAUUGUCAUCUUUAAAUGCAA